UGUCGGUGGGAGACACGAGGCAGAGUACAGACCGAGACGAGGAGAAAAAAACAAUCAUCAAUAGUAAACAGCAGAAGAAGGGUGACAGAGGGAGAGGGAGAGCAGAAUCGACAGCAGCAUCAUCACUCUGCCUCCUCAUUCAAACACCCCAAGAAAAUGCUCAGCACCGACUGCUCUCAUUGGCCGAGCCUCCGGCCAAUCACGGCUCAGGAAUGCAAGGUGCCUUUAGGUUAUACCCAUCCCCAAAAUAUGAGAUAGAACAAGAGAGAGAGAGGCAAGCUGUGGUGCAGAGGUUCUUCCAGUGAGGCAGCUGUAUCCUCUGGUGUUCCUCCUGCUGGAGUGAAUAUAUAACAGUGAAUAAAUUACAGGCUUCCUUGCAGUAGAUUGUUGUGUUGCAGUCGGGGCUGCUGCUGCUGCUGCUGUGCUCCUCAUCUGGCAACAGCUGGCUGAGCAAGAGACGCGUGUCAUAGAUCUGAAUGAGAAGCAUCUCAUGUGGACGAGGGGACCGGAAGAGACACCAGCAUAGGGAUGCAAAGUGAAGGUUGUGAUGUUGCGACGUCUUUUUUGAUCUCACACUGAGUUUUGAGAGCCAGAGAGGUGGACGGUUUGAGUCAGUAGCUGAUCCAGAGAGAGAGGAGUCAAGCGAGGAGAUAACGUGGGAAAGAGAAGUUGACAGUGGACAUCUACAGGAUGAUCUUGGGAAGUGUAAACCGACCGGGGCCGGUCCCUACCUUCCUCAGGAGCCCGUCUAUCAUGCCAACCCCGCUGGACUUGAAGCCCUUCCUCCAGUUCCCGCUGGAGUCGCCGCACCCGGCCGGCAUCGGCCUCUUCCACAACUUUAACACGAUGGACCCCGUCCAGAAGGCUGUGAUGACGCACACCUUCGGGCCACCUAUGGUGAAGACAAAGCGGCCAAUCAUCUCCUGCAACGUCUGUCAAAUACGCUUCAACUCAGAGAGCCAGGCAGAGGCCCACUACAAGGGGAACCGCCACGCUCGGAGGGUGAAGGGAAUCGAGACUUCCAAGACAGCUCGUCUCCAAGAUGGCGACAAGCAGCACCCUCCCCCUACAGCUUCGCCCUCCCCACCAGGCCCGUCGCCAUCUAGCCCUGAGCCUGAUCCUAAUAAGCAGGAUGACACCCAAUCCUGUCCCAACUCUAACAAGUCACCUUUGACCCCUAGCCGCCUUCCAACACCCACACUGAGCUCAGAUGCAGAGUGUCCCCUCUUGCCUUCUGUCAGCACACCUCUGCCAUCCUCUCCCUCCCCCACCGUGGCCCUCAGCACCCCCCCUGCAGAUCCUGCAGCGGCUGGUCUUCCUGACACCCCGUCCCCAGCACCCAGCCCUUCUUCAGGAGAGUCAGAGGAGGAGAAAGCCAAGAAGCUUCUCUACUGUUCCCUGUGCAAAGUAGCGGUUAAUUCCCUCUCACAACUGGAGGCACAUAACAAAGGUACCAAACACAAAACCAUUCUGGAGGCUCGUAGUGGACUGGGACCCAUUAAAGCAUACCCACGUCUGGGUCCUAAACCCAGCCCGGAGCAGGGAGGGGAGCUUUCUUCUGACCCCAACGCUCAGGAACGCACCUUCCACUGUGAGAUCUGCAACGUCAGAGUCAACUCAGAGCUGCAGCUUAAACAGCACAUAUCUAGCCGGAGGCAUCGGGAUGGAGUCGCGGGGAAACCCAAUCCUCUUCUCAGUCGGCACAAGAAGCGCACAGACUUUAUGGAACUUCCAAAAACUCUGGGUGCCGGACUUUUACCAAAUCCUCUGGCUGUUGCCGCGGCGAUGGCAGCCGCAGCCUCCUCCAAUCAUCUGGCACUACGCCCUCCUUGCCCGACCUCCCACCAUCAUCCCCAUCACCACCUCCUACAGGGAACACCCCUCAGCCUGCUGAGGCCCGCCCCCGGUCCCAUCCGCACUGCGCAUGGGCCAAUCCUCUUCACUCCUUACUGACGGUGAGAGAACGAGGAAGAAUCAGGAAGAAGCACACUGUGAAGUGGAGGCCUGCAACCACGUGCCAUCAAGAGCCAAAUCAGCUGGUGUGCCUCCAGCUGCUGUUUCAUUGGAAUAAAAACAGUGAACAUGAAUAUGACUCUUCAUGGUGCAUACUGUGGUUGCAGACCACUACUGUUACGUUAACAGGGAGAACCUGACGAAUCUCAAAGAGACUGUAUGUUUCCAUCCUCCCCAGCUUCCCUUCUUCACUCGACUAUCAUCAAGUAGACUCUGCAGAUGGUUUGAAGAGGAACUUAUAAACCAGUUUCUAUCAAGCAUGGACGUCUCUGAGCAUCCUCCAAUCUGCAACUGACUAAUUAUCUUCAUCUAACAUAUGAUCAACUGUAUCUGACUGGAAACCCUACCUCUCUUAUGUUUUUAAUGUUCACCUCUGCAAGGAUUCAUUACAUAUCCAAAGCAUCAAUGCUAUCAAAAACACGCCCGCUGGGUGUGAUAUAGUCGUUGCCUCUGAUGUUAGCUGGUAUCAUAAUGUAGCUGUCAGAGUUUUGGGGAUUAUACCACUGUAAAGUUCUGUUUUUGUGGCCUAUAAAGAGAAAACAACAAUU